AUGAAAGUCAUCUACAAUCGACAGUCGCUCAAGACCAGCUUCUACGCAGGCAUGGGCAGCUGGAAGGGCGUCACAUCGACACUCGGAUUUGUCGACUAUCGUAGCGCAGCUCCGACGCGCAACAACUUGAUACAAUGCUUCCAGAAUAAGAACCUUGAGACGCUCGUAGAGAAUCUGUCUGCGCACAUUGGCGAGUUUUGCGAUCUGAUUCGAUCGAAGAAGGGACAGGAUGUCGACGGCAUUGUUCUCUUUCGUCUUCUGGCUUUGUACAUCGUUACUGAUGUACUAUGGGGCGAGCGAAAGACCCUGCUGUCUGAAGAGUCCAGACGUACUCCCUUAUUCCUGCGACGCUUUCAUGCAUUCAGCUCAUACAACGCCACGAAAAGCUUUAUACCUGGCUUCGACUUGUACGUUCGCCUGUUCGGAACUGCAAAAUGGAAACAGCUUCGACAGGACUGCAGCGAUAUGGAUAUCACCGCGAAAGAAGCUCUCAAACGGUGGGAUGAAGAAGGUAACCGUCGUGAUCGCGACGUCCUUAGUAUGCUGCGCUCGAUGGACGAUGCCGAAGAGAAGGGUGCCCGCUUGCCCAGUGACCAUAUUCCUGCCUACAUGGUGGAGAUGCUUGCAGCAGGUAGCUCUACCACUUCACACACAGCAACAUUUGCUUGCUGGCAGUUGACUCGACAUCCUGAAGCGGCCAAGAGACUGCAACAAGAACUAUUCGACCAGUUUCCAGGUGAGAUCCAAGAACGGAAGCUCAUGGAUCUGCCCUAUCUUGAUGCUGUCCUCCGAGAGACUAUGCGGCUGAUGCCGAUGAUCCCAGGACCACUAGAGCGAUACUUACCAAAGGAUGUGACAGUCGAUGGCAUUAAGGUGCCUGCAGGCGUCAUUGCAUCGACUGCGGCUCGCGACCAAGGACGCUUGCCUAAUGUCUACCCAGAGCCGGGACAGUGGCGGCCUGAGCGAUGGCUUAAUGCUACCGAGGAGAUGCACCUCCACUGGACACCGUUUGGCUUUGGCAGCCGCGCGUGUCCUGGGUCCAAUCUAGCGAUGACUGAGCUGAAGUACAUGAUCGGCAUCCUUCUUCGGAAGUUCAGAGUCCUCGAGCCACGAGAGACAGCACAUAGAAAGGCGAGCCUGGAUCUUUGGGAUGUCUUCGUAUCCAGUGAGCGUAGCGGGCAGUGCUGGCUAAGGUUUGAGGAGAUCGAGCCGCAGAAGUAG